AUGCGCCAGAAUCUCAUAUACGUCCUCCUAUCGGUAUCCGCAGCCCUCAGCGCGGCAGUGUCGAAUCGCGGUGCUAUGGAACUUUCGGCCCGCGAAGCCUACCCAUUCACGGUACAAGACCUCCAUAUCGCAGACUGGGAAGUAAAGUCAGACGCAAAAGUCGAAGAUCUCGGCAUCAACCUCGACACCUAUACCACAACGCGGCUCGAUGACCUAAAAGGAAAGCUGAAGGGCAAGAAAGAAGCUUCCCUGGUCCUCCUGCCGACCGAAAAUAAGCGAAAGAUGAAGGUGAUGGAGCAGGGUCAUCCAGACGCAGACCACCCUAAUGUCUUCUUUCAAGUAUCCGCGGCAAAGUCAGACGUCGGCGAGCAGCCCUACAACGAGGCGGGAGCGGAGGGUGCCGCCAAUCGCAUCCGCAACUCGGUCACGGCGUUCCUGGAUGGCAGCUUCCUGCCUGCGAAUGAGAACGGCUUUGGGAAUCAGACGACACUAGAAUGGUGCCUUGAAAACGAGAUUGGGAAAAUCUACUUCUUCAGUAUCGAGAACUACAUUCAGGGCACGCGGAAGCAGAAAGACAAAGACUACGGUAGCGAUCACAAGAAAAAUGAGCAGAUUGAAGCAAAUGUCAACGAUGUCAUGGAAGCGGAGAACCACGACGGCUGGACCCUAGAGGAUGCCGUGGACUACGGUUGCGCAGCAGCCUUUGACGUGUUCAAGAACAAGGCCUUCAGAAUCAAGGGCGACGGCGUCAGGGUGCCAAGUCCAGAGGGCUACGAUCUAGUCAAGGUAGCCAUGGCUCGUGGUCACGACGAUCGGGACUGGCGACACGGAAGAUUGACCGUAGGGUCCGUUAUCGCCGCGGUUGUUGACCCCAAAUCCAAAGGGGCCGACCCUGAACACACACUUGACGCCGACUGGCAUUACUACGUGUCGGGAGGCAAGGCGUCUAGAUACGACAUCUUGGAGAAGGCGGUUGCCCAACUGAGGGAGGCACUGUUUGGCUUGAACCGGGAUGGUGAUGUAUCAUAG